AUGACGGCCACGGUCACGUUCACGGUCACGAUCAUGGCCACGGUCACGUUCACGGCCACGGUCACGUUCACGCCUACGGUCCCGGUCACGUUCCCGGUUGCGGUCGCGGUUACGGUCGCGGUCACGGUCACGAUCACGGUCACGGCCACGAUCACGGCCACGGCCACGAUCACGGCCACGGCCACGGUCACGGCCACGGCCACGGUCACGGCCACG